UUCCAAUACAACAUUAAUAACUGCAAACAUCACUAUUUGGCGAUCAGUAUUGCAUCAGUCGCUCGUUUGAACAGUUUUUGACAUCGCUCUUGAAAUACAUACAAUGGCAAACUAUUACAUUCCAACCGAGGCGCGUGAAAAAGCGUCUUCGAAUAUACGAUAUACGCCACGUAUACUGGGCAGAAGGUUUGCGCUAACAUCAACUUCCUACAAAUGGAUUGAUGUAGCGAUCAACGUGGGAUCUGUUUCCUGCUCCGUGGAGAUAUCGCUCGGCGAUACACGCGGCAACCGGAUUGUCCUACCAUACAGAACGUGGAGAGCUCUGUUAGAUAAACGUGCAGAUUUCGAGCGAUUCGUCCAGUCAACCGAAGCACCAUCGUUACCGAUUCAUGACCUUACCGUACAACUCGUGAAAUUGCGUGAUGAAAGUAUUGUUAAGUUAUCUUUACUCGAUGCAUGUAUUUACCUCAAGCCUACAACCAUGCUCUUCAUGUUUGAACUAGAGCACUGUGUGGAGCAUGUAUAUUAUACGCUGCAUCAGAGCAUUGCAACUGCGACUGAGAAAUUUAAAUAUUUUGUAACGUUUUUGCGUCAAAACUUUGCCAUGAACAAACCAGACGCGACAGAAUUAUUGCGCAAAUCUUACGAUAAGAGUUCGCAAAUUGAGUGUGAAUUAAUAGCCUACGCUAUUGAUACUAUUAUAUACGACGCAUUAACUACUUAAUAGAAUGAUUGUACACAUUGUAUUACAUACUCAAUAAAAAAUGUGAAAUGUAUAUAAAAGAGUUUAUCUCGUUAUAAACCUUUUCCAUGUUAUAACGUAUAUUAGUUUUACAAGUUGCGUUUAGUCUCUUAUAGAAUAGCCUUGACAGUGAUUGCGUCACGCGAACGAUAACAUUCCACAGGGGAAGAAUCGAGCAUUGUCAAGGCCAUGCCUGCAUCGGCAAAUAUAACUUGCAUAAAGAUUAUUCUGUAUCUCUCGAACGGAAGGCUAGAAAAUUACGAGACUUGAAAUGUUAUACAUAGUGGAUAACUGUCUUCCAAGUGGAUGCAGGAAGAAUAA